AUGAGCAAGCCGCCUGGCUCUUUUUAUGUCCAUUCAGGGACACUGACAUCCGAACAAACGAAGUCGCUAAAUGAUUUUAUUGCCAGAACUAAUGUUUCUAGCUCUUCAGCAAAAUCCCUUCUUUCACAAUGUGGAUGGGAUCUAACUUCUGCUCUCAAAAAAUAUGAUAUUGAAGGAAUGCGAGACGAAAAUAAUGAGAUUAAGCCUUCAAGCUCUCAAGUAUCUGUAUCUGAUUGGAUGGGGAGACAAUUGCCUGGUUAUGCUUUCUGCUUACCGGAUUUAGACAGACUUGCUCCUGAUUUUCGGAAUUUCCUGGAGAAAGACCUUAUCGAAACGCCGACUCAGAGAAGAUUAGAAACAUCGAAGCAUUUGAAUUGGUGGUCACAGUUUGGAGAGAAGUUAUAUCCCCUCUCUACCACAGGAGAUGGUAAUUGUCUGUUACAUGCAGCUUCACUAGGGAUGUGGGGUCUUCAUGACCGUCAAUUGACUCUCCGGGAAGCUUUGUAUGAGAUGAUUAUACGAGGAACUCGAAGGAGUGCUUUGUGGAGAAGAUGGAAAUGGUCUGAACAUAAAAGUUACUCGGAUAUCGGACUAACUCUGUCGGAGGACGAAUGGAUGAGUGAAUGGAAUAAUAAUAUAGUCUCCUUAGCUUCUCCUACUCCCAGAAAAACCGAUGACGCCAGUUCUGAUUCAACUGACCAAAUAUAUGAGAGUUUAGAGGCGAUUCAUGUUUUUGCUCUGGCUCACGUACUCAAACGCCCAAUAAUUGUUGUUUCUGACACGGUGCUGAGGAAUGCUAAAGGUGAAGAGCUCUCUCCUGUUCCUUUCGGGGGUGUGUACUUACCUCUAGAAUGCCCUCCCAUCCAAUGUCAUAGAUCACCGCUAGUUCUUUGUUAUGAUUCUGCCCAUUUUUCUCCACUUGUUCCGAUGCAACACGACUCUUCAUUACCCCAAAUAAUUCCAAUCACGGACGUCAAUCGAAACUUGCUUCCUCUCCAUUUUGCUAUUGACCCCGGGCCGGACUUUACUUGGUGGAAAGACGAUGAGGAUGCUAGAAUUGCUACUCGUUUAGAAAUGUCGGAUAGUGACCGUUUAGCCUUGAUUAGUGAAUAUAUGGAUCUUAUACGUUUGGAAGUUAGGCGUGGAAGUGUAAGGAAAACAAGGCCUAUUAGAGCAAAUUCCGUAUCUACAACUGAAAAAAGUUUAACUCUGGCUUCCUCAGGAGUUUCAUCAGAUAAUAGGGAGAAACGGAGGAUUUUGAACGAGAUCAGACAGCAGUUCAUGCGAACAUUACGUCUAUCUAGUGCAAAAACGAAAGAAAACGGUAUAGACGCCAGGCUAUGUGCAUCUGAUCUCUCUCGUGCGAACUGUGUGAUAGCAGCUCGGUUAUAUUCAGCAUCUCAUGAAUAUAUGGACGAAAUGAUAAAAGAGUAUAUGAAAACUGCCAGAGAACGAUUUCAGAAUUCUAAUAAUCAUGUUGAGAACGGUAAUAAUAGAAAGCGAAUAAGUAGAUCUUUUAGUGCUUCUUCUUUGUUGAUUACUUGCAUUAAUAAACAAUGUGACAAACCAGCUUCGCAGUCUUCUAAUUUCCUUUGUCGAGAAUGUUUUGAACAUCAAAAGGAGCUCAUGACUUCUUUCAGUUGCGAAGGUAACGGUAAAGUCACUGUUGGCACACCUUCGCCAGCUCCUACCUUUAAAAGUAAUACUAUGCCUGUCUUAUCUUCUCCGCCUGUACCAACUCCUAUCCCUCUGGCCAUUUGCCCGAUACCGCAAGCGGGUGAGAAAGUAGCUCCUGUUUUAGGUGUUGUGACGAAGGGACAAACAACAACUACUACCAUGACUAUUAUCAAAGGAGAGAAUGGAGUCACUCACUACUAUGUUCCUGAUCCGGAAAGUGUUGAUAACCAUAUGAAAUCUGGAGAUCAUGAGACUCAUCCCAUUUGUGGGUAA